AUGUAUAAUUUGUCGUUAGAUUACGUGAAGACGAGCGGUUUCUGCGCGCCCUCCAUCCUCAUCACGUUCAUCAACAUGAUGCUGUUCAAGACGGACGCCAACACGCGGCCGCAGUGCGACGACACCAUGUUCGCCGGACAGAUCGGCAUUCAGAAGUUCUUCGUUAUCUUGGCCCUGAUGUGUGUGCCGGUGAUGCUCUUCGGCAAGCCCUACUUCAUCAUGCAGGAACAGAAGAAACGUGCCAGCCAAGGCCACCAGAGCAUCGAGGCGGCGGCCGAGAACGGCGCGGCGGGCGGCGCGCCCCUGCCCGCCGCGCACCACGACGAGGACAUCACGGAGGUGUUCAUACAUCAGGCUAUCCACACGAUCGAGUACGUGCUGGGCAGCGUGUCGCACACCGCGUCGUACCUGCGGCUGUGGGCGCUGUCGCUGGCGCACGCGCAGCUCGCGGAGGUCGCCUGGAACAUGCUGCUGCGGAAAGGGCUGCAGUCGGCGGGGUACCAGGGCGGCAUCUACCUGUACGUGGUGUUCGCGGGCUGGGCCGCCAUCUCCGUGUCCAUCCUCGUGCUCAUGGAGGGGCUCUCUGCAUUCCUGCACACGCUGCGUCUUCAUUGGGUCGAGUUCCAAAGCAAAUUCUACUCGGGUGAGGGCUACUUGUUCAUGCCCUUCUCCUUCGAAGUGAUCCUCGACUCGGCCGGACAGCCCGAGGAG